AUGGCGGAAGUACGACUAACAGAUCAUUUGCAUCUGCGCGAUAGCUUUCAAAGCAAAACCAAAGAAGACAUUGUGGAAAACCUGGUCAAGUUCUCCCAGAAUGUUAUUUGCCCCAUUUGUCAGGAUGUCAUGUUUACGCCCUGCAUCACCUCUUGCGGCCAUGACUUUUGCUAUUCAUGUCUUAAUGAAUGGUUCCAGAGAAAUCCUGAAGAAACAAAAUGUCCGACCUGCCGAGAACCGGUAACUCAAAGACCCUCCAUCAGCCAUAAUAUGCGCUCGCUUGUAUCGAUUCUUGUAGAAGUCUCGUCCUCGCCUACUGUGCAAGAAAUGAAGACUAAGGCCGACGCGGAAUAUGCUGAGGUGAUGCGCGACCACAGCAAUCUCUUCCCAGAGCUUUUCAAUGAUGCCCCGCGGCUGGCAGCGCUGUUCGACGCAGACGAUAGAGUUUCGCGAUGCCCUUACUGCACUUGGGAGCUUGAGCCCGAGAGUUUGGUCUCGCAUACCUGCAGUCAUUGCCGACGCAGAAUUUCAUGGAGAGACGUACAGGAGGGAGGCCAGCUUCGCAGGCUUUGGUCUACUGACGAAGAAAAUGAUGAUGAUAAUGACGAUGAUAAUGACGACGAAGAUGACGAGGAUGAGGAAUAUGAUAGUCUUCGCCAAGGUCUCAGGAAUUUUGAGAACUUUGGCCCAAGAAAUUAUUACCCCAGUGAGGAUGGUGAAGAAUUAGAUGUAUUCAUUGUCCCAGACGACUAUUUUUCUGAAGGUGAAGGUGCGUCAGAGGAUAACGAUAACGAUGGUAAUUCUAGUGACGAAUGGAACAGAACUUAUCAACGAUACAGGCAGGUCUUUGCAGAUAGAAUUUCUGGGUUAAGGGGCGAUGAUGAUGAGGAGGAUAUAGACGAGGAGGAGGAUUUGGAUGAAGAUCUUGGACGGGACUAUAGCGAUGCAUCUGAGUAUCCUUCGGACAAUGAGUAUAUAUCACCAGAAGAAGGUCCGGGUGGAGUUUCUGAUGAUGGAGAUGACGACGAUGUUUUGGUGGUACGAGCGACUCGCCGACACACUGUCCCUCUUUUAUCUGACGAAGAAGAUGAAGAUAAUAAUGACGACGAUGACGAUGGUAACGACGAUAACGAUGACAACGACAAUGACAAUGACAAUGAUAAUGACAAUGACAAUGAAGAUGAGGAAUCAGAGGAUGACUCCGUUGAGGAACAACGAAGGCCAAACGAAUCUCGCCGAGAAUUAACUACGCAAAUGUUUAGAGACAGAUUGUCUACGCCUACAGUCCCGGAAACCCCUCCACCUCCUUACUCGUCUCCCGCACCUGUUUCUGCGGCAGCCGCAGCUUCUGCAGCUUCUGUGGCCCGAUAUGCAGCAUUGCAGCGGCAGGCAGAACGUGGGAGGCGUGUCUCACGUACCGGAACAACGUCGAGUCUAACCACAGGCUUACAAAAUCAACCGCAACAGCAACAGCAACAGCACCAGCACCAGCACCAGCACCAGCAUCAGCAUCAGCAACCGACAUCUGUGGCAUCACAAGCUUCAAUGGCAACGCCAAACUCAACAACAAACUACCCACCUACUUACUCUGCAGCGGUGACACAAGCCCUUGCAAGUGGGUAUUCCGGAGGACACGGCCCGAUUCCUCGGCCUGUGCUGACGGCUCCAAUUCGAUGGCAAAAUAAUCGGUUGCCUUAUCCUGAGUAUGACAACGUACCGUCAAGAAGAGAAAUGCAUCAUCAAUCUCAACGCCAACCUGCACAGAAUCAGAAUCAGCAUCAGCAUCAUUCUUUGCAGCAACAGCAUUCUCACCGGUCAACGCGACAGUCUCAGUCUCAGUCUCAGUCUCAGUCCCAUCAACUGUCACAUGGUCUUGCUCGACGGCCUGGCGGGCCCAGUAGUGGGCAAAUGAUUAUGGCUACAAAUCCACCAGCACCUUCGGCAGGCAUGACGUUUGGAGCAUCUUCAGCACUUAUCCCGCUUGGCCAUCCGCUAUCAACGCCAUCAGUGACUCUGCCGCUGACUAGAGCGGCUGCAUCAAACUCGGGGCAGUUACUCAUGUCUGUAGCUCAGGAACAGCCGCGAGUUCAGGGACCACCGGUUCCUCCGCGAAUCCCGCUUGACCACCCUGAACCAACACAGCCGCAACAAUUACAACCUCAACCUCAACCUCAACCUCAGUCGGUACCACAACCUGCACAACAAAGUUCAGUAGCAAGACAAAUUUUGCGGCAGCGUCAGCAGCAGCAAGAACAGCAACAGCACCAAGCAGCUGUUUCUGCUUCUGCGUCUGCGUCUGCGUCUGCAUCUGCCCGAACUCAAAUGCGUCAUGAUCGGGCCUCUACAGGUUCUCGUCGUCAAGCCCGAGAUACGCGUCGACGGCGGAUCGUAAUGGACGAGGACGAGGAAGAAGAGAGCCGAGGUGGAGAUAGUAUUAAUGCCAGUAUGUCGGGAGGGGCAGCUGUACCAUCACCACCACGGCACGAGGUUAACACAUUUUCGUUUCGCGACGUACCUGUGGCAUUAACUUAUGAUGUGCACGGGUACCUUGGCGGAACCUCGAGGGGAGGAAUGGCAGAUGCACCAUCGUCAUCAGCAUCGUCGUCGUCGAGACCGUCGAUAUCGACUUCAGGGGAAUCCAGCAGUAGCAGUCAAGGAUUCGGGUUUGGUGUCACUGGUCGGCGCGGAGAUAACGAACCGGAUAGUGAUGAAGAGCGGGAUAGCAGGACUGGCUAUGGCGAUGGCGGUGGCAAUGAGGAUAGUGAAGAAGAAACAGAGCGAGCAUAUGCACGGCGAGAUCGCGGUCGGCGGCAUAAGUUCUUUUCAUCCCGGUUACGAGGUAGAUAG